CGGGUUUCAUGCGAGACUUUCUCCUCCAUCACUUCCUCCUCAUAAGCAAUGUGUUGCCAGGCAGGGAGGCGUGAGGAGCCCAGCUCUUCGCUCCUUCACGCUGCUAGGGAGCCAUGGCGGAGCAGACGCUGAGGUGGAACCAGCGGCCGGAGCACAGCGGAUCUACGGCAGCGGCUCAGACGAGGAACGACCCACGUUACCUGCGGCACGACCACAACUCUUGCUGACGGAAUACGAUGGUGACGGCGAAUAAAGUUUUACACACAUAUCUAGCUGUUGUCACAGAUGCCCGGUUCAACUUUUCACUAACUGGCACUUUGCUAAUCUCGAUGGGAUCAUAGCGACGCAGAGUUUGUUUUGCUUUUCUUUUCUUCCCGGACGUCUGUCUUGUCAAGCCGUCUGCCUCAGGCGCAAAUCUGGCGCACUGUCCCGCAGUGGCUCGUAGAGCGCCUCUUUAAUAUUUCAAAGCCGAGUCAGUGGAGGUUAACAUGGGGGCAAAGCAGAGCAGCCCCACUGCUAAUCCAGCUGCCAACGGUCGGACCAGAGCCUACUCUGGCUCGGACCUGCCCUCCAGCACGUCCAGCAGCAACGGCAGUAACGUUAGCAGGACUACCGCCGGGGGUGUGAGGUACUAUGCGUACAGUGCGUCCGGAACCUCCGGAGCCACGUCCAGCGCCAGCAGACACCACGGAGCCAGGGCCAGGUCUGCGGGGGGCUCCGGAGGCUCUGGGUCUAGACCCCAGUCCGGCAUCAACAUUCCAAACAGCAUCGGAGCCUACAGCUCCCCGGAGUCCGGGGGGAGCAGCCCGGAGGAGGCGGCGGACAGGGAGCGCUCAGGCGCAGGUCACGAAGGUCCCCGGCUGUUGAUAGGAUCACUACCAGCACAUCUCUCGCCUAAUCUGUUCGGAGGCUUCAAGUGCCCUGUGUGCUCCAAGUUUGUGUCCUCGGAUGAGAUGGAUCUUCACCUGGUCUUGUGUUUAACCAAACCCAGAGUGACGUACAAUGAGGACGUCCUCACUAAGGAUGCAGGAGAAUGUGCGAUCUGCCUGGAGGAGCUGGUACAGGGAGACACAAUCGCUCGCCUGCCCUGCCUCUGCAUCUACCAUAAAGGCUGUAUCGAUGAGUGGUUUGAAGUGAACAGAUCAUGUCCAGAGCAUCCGUCAGAUUAAAGCUUAUUUGCACAGGCACCGCACAAUGAGAGUGAUCUACUAAUUUAAGUGUGGAUCCUGGGAGAGUGCUGGACACUGUGACCACUGUGAUCAGUUAACCAUCCACACCCAAAAAAUAAUGUAGUAUAAUGGUGUGCCAAAUCUCAUUUAAGCAAUCUUCAGGGAUACAGACUUGCACAUCCACAGUCAGCCUCGGACUUGACCGACUGAUCUCCACCUCACAUGGUCUAAAGUCCCGACACUCAGAGCCACCCAGGGCAUUAUGACCAGCAGGACUCUUCUUCCUGAGUGGCCAAAGGACAGCAGAUGUCAGCUGAUUGUACACCAGGACACUGAAGGAGGUGGACAUGGUCCUGGAGGCAGGAGUUGGGUGGAAGGGGGUGUCUGGGAGAUGGUGGAUUAUCCCACUCCCUCCUACUCUGUCCCUGUCCUCCUCCUUCAGCAUCAGUGUCUACCAGUGCCUUGUUGUAGUGAUGCCCAGCCACAGCAGGGCGGCACAGAGGAGUCCAGACUGUCCUCAGAGCCAGCUGGACUGACUGGACGGACGUGCAGGACCAUCUCAACACAACUGCGAUUCUACCAGUCCAGGAAACAAGCCAGGGACAGGACAGCAUCUGAAAUGUGUCUGCAUCAGCAGUACGGACCUUUUCAGAACAGAAGCUGCUGCAAAAAUGGUGCCAACACACACACAUACACACAAAUCAUCAGUGCUCUUUAACGAAAUACCAUGGAGUGGAGUUCUUCAGGUAACAAAACCUAUCCCCUUAGGAUGCCUAAUCUACCAACCUGAACCUACUUCAGCGUAUCGCUGCCACCGUGACAAAAAAUAUUUGCUCAGCUUUUCAUUUUAACUAGAUUCUUUUCACCUUAUAACGAGAUAUUAUUCAUGUUACAAUAACAUAUAACAACAUAUUGAAGUUUCUCCUCGGAGCAACUUAUGGAAAUAGGAGAAACCUUUCCUUUAAAGAGAUAUGCUGCUUUUGUGAAAUAACGAGGUGUGAUAUGAAAAGAAAGUGACAUGUAAUAACAAGAAAAGUUUUUUACUAAAAAAAUAUACCAUGAAAAAUAUUUUGUUAUAGCAUGAAUAGAAUGUCAUAACAAGAAAGUUUUUGCAUCAAGGAGAAGGUGAGAAUAGUGUUAUGCUAGGACCUUGAGUCAGUUUUCUUUUUUGGGUCAAAUUUGUUCAACUGUUUUGUGUUACUUCAUGGAAUAAUAAGCUUCUCUUGUUUUCAUCAUGUUUUUCAAAGGCAGGUGUAAUCUGAAUAUAAUAUCUGUAAUUUGACUAGAUUGUAUUAAUUAUAGCAUUUGAUCAACUGGUUCCUACUCACAGUAAAAAAAAAAAUUGCUUUGAAUUCCACAUUUGUUGUAUGUUUAUUGUUUUGUAAUGCAGAAGAGUAAUAAGCAUUAUCUUUUCAGAUGAUACCUCCUCUGUGUCAGUCAGUGGUUAUCUCUUUUAAACAGGUAAGCAGUGUCAGUUGCUCAGAAUUACAACAAAUCUAGCACUGUCAUAGAAAUGGAGCACACAGAGCGGAUUACAAGGAAACUGUGUGGUCUUCGAUAAUUUAAAAGGGGUCAAAUAAACCAAUAAAUGAAAAAACAUUAAAAGACGUAUGUAAGAAAAUUAGAAGUAAAAAUGACAACAAAUAAAAAUUAACGACAGCUAUUGGAGCAUUUAUUUUAAAUACUCUGUGCUCUAGUGCAGAGUAUUUGCUCACUGUACCUGUUUCAAAGAGGUUGGCCUGUGAUAAUCACUGAGUCUGCACACUCAGGAGGACAUCAGAGCUGUUAUACUUGUUAUUGUUUUGCUUUAAAAAAAAACAUUCAACAAAUGUGAACUUUAAGACCUGUGGUAAGUAUUUUGGGGUUAUGCCUUUACUGAGUUGACAGUAGAGAGAUGACAGUAAGCAGGUAAACAAACAUUAGCACACAUAUUCUUUACUAUAACAUUAGUAGCAGCAAACAUCAUUUGGUCCCUUAACCAUAAGUACUGAAUGAUGUGAACAGGGUUCGGGAGAAGUACCUGUUGUUGUGGUCAUGCUAGACUUCAGUAACUUGCUUGGGCUGUUUAUGAGUCAACUGAACUACAGCUGGUCUCAGGUCCUGGUGGCUUCAAUCACAACUCCAGUCAAAGCGCUUGCAUUUAUUUCACACCAAGACGUGUUGGCCAAGACACAGGACUGAGGGACACUGGAACAGCUGCACCUGACACCCUUAUCCAGUCUGUUUCCAGGGUUGGGUUUGCCUGAAGACCUCUGCCACGGAGGAACAGUAGUGUACAGAUUUUUAAUCCAAUGAAAAACUAUCAUAGUUGAUUUCACUGACAAGUUCAUCAUCUGCCAGAGAGGGUGAACUCAUCAUUGGAAUCACUAAGUGUGGAUACCAAA